AUGCCAUGUCACCAACAUGCGCGCGAUGAGGUCUAAAUUCCAUUUCGGUCGGUAUACUUGAUUGAUUGAAAUUUUCACGUAGUAACAUUGGCAAAAAAAAAAAAAAAAAAAACAUUACGGUAGCCAGAACAGCGAGUUAAUCACUACCCAGCAUUAACCACCACCCUGCUUUGUUUAGUCGCAACAACAAUCCCUAUCAGAUGCAAGUAUUUCACAAAGCCUUCUCAUUUGAUUAUAGCAGGUAUGUCAUACUGUACAGAUAAAACGAUUCUGCCUUGCCUAGUUGAUAGUCGGCAUCCUGGGCUGUGCUCGUUUUCUCUUCGCGUCAGCAUGCAAAUACGCGUAUUCCGUUUUCUAGCGUACCGAGCAGCAAUCACCAACAAUGAGUGAAAUAGCUCCAGUACCAAGACUUGGAGCCCACAGCCUUCCCUCAACAACAAACUUGGCAAUAAAAAUAUACAUGUACAGCGCCAGUGAUGCUGCUCUAUAUAAGACGCCGACUAUGGCACCUCUUGAAUGCCUCUUGCCAAAAGAGAAUGGCUCAUAGCACGGCAAAGCACACCACAGAACAAGUCACCAGCUAGCCAUCUUGGCCGACUUGACUGCCAAAACUUCGUUCUCCUUCCAGACCCGAGCCAUCAUGUCCUCGUUCAAUCCCUUAACCGGCCUUAUUGGGCUGUCCGUAUUGGUCUCCUCAGCAUUCGCCAGCCCAACCCCUGUGGUCCAUAGGCGAGCAGGCGCCAUCACCUGGCGGUCAUGCUCUUCCGAGUUCAACACCACCAACCCUGGCGCCGUGUGCGGUAACCUGGACGUGCCUCUAGACUAUACGGGCAAGGAGUCCAGAGAGAUGCUGCAACUGGAUUUGAUCAAGAUUCCUGCAACCAAAGGGGUGUCCAGGGGCAGUAUCCUGUUCAACCCCGGAGGCCCAGGCUACCCUGGAAACGAAUGGCUUGACGGCUCGGCUGCGGUGUUACUGGCUGCCACUGGUGGACAACAUGACCUCAUCGGCUUCAACCCUCGGGGCACCGGAAAGACGCUGCCUGUCAACUGCUUUGACGAGGAAGACCCUCAGGAUGUUCUCAGGAAGCUCUCAAUCGAUGAAAGGCUCUCCCAUACAGGAAACUCGUCCGACGUGGCCCCGGGCAGACUAUGGGCCACAUCCCUUCAGAUCUCUGAGGCCUGUGCCAAAAAGAACGCAGAGAACGGCAGGUUCCUGGGUACUGCCUUUGUCGCACGAGACAUCAUCCAGAUCGUUGACGCCCUGGAUGAGGACGGGCUCCUUCGAUACUGGGGUAUGUCCUAUGGCACUUUGCUGGGGGCUACUUUGAUAGCCAUGUUUCCGGACCGGAUGGACAAAAUAGUGCUGGACGGCGUAAUAAACCCGUACCUGUGGUGGCACUCGUACAGCGAAGACCAACUGGAAGACAUGGACGACACCUUUGGCGAGUUCCUCUCUCAGUGUGUCGCCAAUGCAGAUCAGUGUCCUCUUGCUGAAAAUCGCAGAAACCAGACUGUUCAAGACCUCGAAGUUGCAAUCAGAGAUCUCCUCGAGCACGUGAAAUACAACCCCAUUGUAAUCCCCGACUCGGCCGCGCUAUUCGACUACAGCCAACUCAAGAACGCCAUGUUCGUGAGCAUGUACGCCCCGGACCUCUGGCCCAGUCUUGCCCGCGGGCUCGACGUCCUCCUCACGACGCCCCUCGACACCGCAGCGCUGACCGAGCUCGUCACCGGCUGGACGUCCACCUUUGGCGACCUGUCGCCCUUCGCCACCUUUGCCAUCCGAUGCAGCGACAAGGUGCAGCGCGAAGAGUCUCUGGACGGCGUGCUGGCCAAGAUGAAGCCCAUUCGCGAAUCGAGCUGGGUAGGCGGCGAUGCCAUGGACGCCGCCAGCAUGAUCUGCGCGCGCUGGCCCUUUGAAGCCGCCGAGCGCUAUCUCGGCGACUUCAACGCCAAGACGGCCAUCCCGCCCCUCGUCAUGUCCAAGACUUUGGACCCCGUGACGCCCAUCGUCUCGGCCCGCAACGUCACGGCCGGUUUCGACGCCGUGCUGCUCGAGAUUGAGGGUGGCGGCCACGCAUCGCUGACUCAGCCUUCCACUUGUGCCUUGAAGGCUGUGCGGGACUACUUUGGCGAGGGGGAGCUCCCUCAGCCGGGGACAAAGUGUGAAAAUGAUAUUGGUUACUUUCAAAGUCCCGAAGCCGUCGUGGAGGCUUGGACAAAGCUGUUGCAGACAUUGGGGUAGAAUCUCACUGUCAGUAUACUGACUUUGUGUCCUGGUUCUUGGUCUGCUUUCCUUAUUCUGUGCCUGGACUCACGCCGCACGUUCCUUUUUUGUUGUCUCAUUCGGAGGACGCUCCCACUCAACCUUUUUUUUCGGUCCUUUUCUCUCCUCGAUUUGUUGUCUCCCUCCACACAAGCGGCCACCAGAUCUUCCAGCCAUUGCAGGUGCUCAAAAAUGGCAGUCGUCUUUUACUUGGAAUUCAUGUACUAGAACUAGACUAGACUAGUCUAGAAUGACAUGAAGAUAAAAUGAUAUAAAAACAAGAGGGAUGAUGGUUGGUAGAUCAAAAGCCCAAGUUGUCAAAAGAGCGUGGAGUAAGCAUGGUUCACUGUCCAGCGCCUUCCUCAGCCUGGCUUUCUCCAAGAGGUGGAGCGACACAAACUAAUCCAGUCUUACCGAGCUUUUGGGUAUUGAAAUGACCUUUUUGGCUGCUAAAACUAUGCUGAUUUU